AUGACGGUAGCAGAUGCAGUAAACCCUAAGGCGUAUCCAUUAGCCGAUGCUCAGUUAGCGAUAACAAUCCUCGAUCUCGUUCAACAAGCCACCAACUACAAACAGCUCAAGAAAGGAGCUAACGAAGCUACCAAGACUUUGAACCGUGGGAUCUCUGAGUUCGUCGUCAUGGCUGCUGAUGCUGAGCCUCUCGAGAUCCUUCUUCAUCUUCCUUUACUCGCCGAAGAUAAGAACGUGCCAUACGUGUUUGUGCCAUCGAAACAAGCACUCGGAAGAGCAUGUGGAGUAACGAGACCUGUGAUUGCUUGCUCUGUUUUAUCGAAUGAGGCUAGCCAGUUGAAAACUCAAAUCCAGCAGCUUAAAGAUGCCAUUGAGAAGCUUCUGAUCUAG